AUGGGAGGAAUGAGGGAUUUGUUUGGGCUGCACCUACAAGUUCCUAGACCUACCUCAGAUGCAUCUUGGCUGCAACCUCUCUCAAGGGCUGAUGAUGCAGCUUUAGCCCAUAAUGGGACCAAAUGGCAGAACAAUAACAUGCACACCAUGAGCCGUAAGCCCCGUUCUGUUGGUCCACAGGACUGUGGACUGAGUGAAUCACUGUAUUUUCGGCCAAGUAACUUCGGCAAUAGAUACGAGCUCCACACAUGUCUCAGCCCUUUGCACAAGGCAAAUUUACCCAUUGCUCAAAGCUCUUCUGAUUCCAGAGCUGCAUUUCUGCAGAAUUGGGCCCGGGGACUUUCCUGGUGGUUAAAAACAAGAAAAGAAAUGACUGGAUGUUGUUACAACUCUCUCUUCCCUCCACAAUUAUAUCCAGUCAAAGUAGAUAGAAAGGACGAGUAA